AUGUUCCUUUCCUCCACACUUACUAUCUAUCUAUCUAUCUAUCUAUCUAUCUAUCUAUCUAUCUAUCUUAAUCUCUUACAUAUAGACAUAUAUAAGAAAUCCGAACUGGUCACUGCUACUACUACUUAUUAUCUUAUUUUCUUUCUUUCUUUCUUUCUUUCUUUCUUUCUUUCUUUCUUUCUUUCAAAGUCCGUUCUUUUAUCUCUCUCUCACAAGAUGCCUUAUGGAAUUGGACAAAACAACGAAUUAAUACUAAUUAAGAUACCUGUAUAUAUUUCUGAGAUGUGUGUAAAUAAUUAUCUAUCUAUCUAUCUAUCUAUCUAUCUAUCUAUCUAUCUAUCUAUCUAUCUAUCUAUCUAUCCUUCCUCCCGCCAUUUGUUUCUUUUAAUUAUUAAAAAUAUCUAUCAAUCUAUCUUGAUCUUUUCAAAAUCUAUCUAUCUAUCUAUCUAUCUAUCUAUCUAUCUAUCUAUCUAUCUAUCUAUCUAUCUAUCUAACCCAUCUUUUAAAUAUCUAUCUAUCUAUCUAUCUAUCUAUCUAUCUAUCUAUCUAUCUAAACACUCAUCGUUUUUACCAUUUACCGAAUUAUAUUUCCUUUUCUUUACCGAAAUGUCUUACACUCAUCGUUUCUUCUAUGCUACUCCCAAAUCUUUCUCCUUGACCUUCGAACACUUUUCUUCAGUUUUCAAAUUCAAUGAUUUUUGCAUUUGUACCAAUUUUGCUUGUCGUAAUCUUCACAUUUGCGUCUUUUUUCUCUUUGACAUUUGUUCACAUUCUUUUAUCCAUUCAUCACUUCCUCCAAUACCGCUUUCCCUGAUAACCACUUCAAUAGGGGGUAAAAAAGAAGCUUUUCAUUGUGUUUUUGGCCAAGAGCGAUCAACUUUUUCUUUCUAA